CAGCCUGUCCUGUGGAGCAAGGAGGCUGUCCCGGAGGCCCAGCAACCUCGGGAAAGAGCAGGAGCCGGCCGAAGGGCGGACAUGAGCGACCAGCAGAGUCCAGCACCGGGCCGAUAGGGGCGAACCCAGCAGCCCCUAAGUUCUCUCCCGAACCUCAGAAUCUAAGAGAAUGGAACCAAAUACCUGUAAGACCAGUGAGUCAGAGGAAGACUGUGUUGAAGAAGAGGAAUCCGAGGAGGAGUGUGUUAAAGAGGAUGUUACCGUCACUUCUAACCCUUCUCAGCAGGCACUCUCAAAGGCUGACUGUAAUGCGUUUAAGAAUGGAGUUCCCUUAUCUAUUAUAGCCAAGAAAAUACCAAAGGAAAUCAUCGCAACUGACCUAGAUGACUUAGAAGUUGGAAGGAGAAAGAGAAGGCGGAAACGCAGACCCCUGGCCAUCAACUUGACCAACUGCAAGUAUGAGAGUGUGCGUCGUGCAGCUCAAAUGUGUGGCCUGAAGGAGGUGGGGGAGGACGAAGAAUGGACUGUGUAUUGGACAGACUGCUCUGUCUCAUUGGAACGAGUCAUGGACAUGAAGAGAUUUCAGAAAAUCAACCACUUCCCUGGCAUGACAGAAAUCUGCCGGAAAGAUCUGCUGGCUCGGAACCUCAACCGCAUGCAGAAACUCUACCCUGCUGAGUACAACAUCUUCCCCCGCACCUGGUGCCUCCCAGCAGACUAUGGGGACUUCCAGUCCUACGGUCGUCAGCGGAAAACCCGCACUUAUAUCUGCAAGCCAGACAGUGGCUGUCAGGGACGUGGCAUCUUCAUCACCCGAAAUCCACGGGAGAUCAAGCCAGGAGAGCAUAUGAUCUGCCAGCAGUACAUCUCCAAGCCCUUCCUCAUUGAUGGCUUCAAGUUUGAUAUGCGAAUUUAUGUCCUGAUCACAUCCUGUGACCCUCUUCGGAUCUUCAUCUAUGAAGAGGGCCUGGCUCGCUUUGCCACCAUGCCCUAUGUGGAGCCCAGCCACAGCAACCUGGAUGAUGUCUGCAUGCACCUGACCAACUAUGCCAUCAACAAACACAGUGAGAACUUUGUCCGGGAUGACGCCAUGGGCAGUAAGAGGAAGCUGUCGACGCUCAAUGCCUGGCUUCGAGAGCACAGCUAUGAUCCCCGAGAGCUGUGGGGGGACAUUGAGGACAUCAUCAUCAAAACCAUCAUCUCGGUACAUUCUGUUCUUCGCCACAACUACCGAACCUGUUUUCCCCAAUAUCUGAGUGGAGGUACAUGUGCCUGUUUUGAGAUCCUUGGUUUUGACAUCUUGCUGGACCACAAGCUGAAGCCCUGGCUGCUGGAGGUGAACCACUCUCCAAGCUUCACCACUGACUCACGCCUUGAUAGAGAAGUGAAGGAUGCACUUCUCUGUGAUGCCAUGACCCUUGUCAACCUCCGGGGCUGUGACAAAAGAAAGGUGAUAGAGGAGGACAAGCGGCGAGUCCAGGAGCGGCUUUUCCAGGGCCAUCAACAGCCACGAGAAGCCAGGCGAGAACAGACGGAGUUCUCCCAUGCGGCACUGCUCGACCAGGAGCGCUAUGAGGAUUCCCACCUGGGGGGAUACCGGCGGAUCUACCCCGGGCCUGACACAGAGAAGUAUGCACCCUUCUUCAGGCACAACGGCUCCCUCUUCCAGGAGACUGUGGCUUCCAAGGCCAGGGAGGAAUGUGCCAGGCAGCAACUGGAAGAGAUCCGCCUUAAGCAGGAACAGCAGGAGACCUCAGGCAAUAAAAGACGAAAGGAGAACAAGGACCAGAACCAGGGUGAAUCAGCAGGGGAGAAAAGCCAAUCCAGGGCCCGGCUCCAGGGCUUUUCCACGCACUUGGCUUUCAGGAAACGGAACCGGGAGAAAGAGGUGUCAGAGCUGCCACCGGUAUACCUGGACACUAUGCAGCCGCAAGAAAUUGUGGAAGAGGAGGAGCUGGAGCGGAUGAAAGCCCUGCUACAGAGGGAAAAUCUCAUCCGAAGUCUGGGUAUUGUACAGCAGCUCACUCGCGUGCUGCACCCCAGCCACCGGGGCCAGAAAAAACUUCACGAGUAUCGGGUGAGGGUCCCUGUGCAGCCUCGUACAGAACAAGGGAACAAGGGCUAUACCAGCACAUGGUGGUGGCCACAGCCAAGGAGGCUAAUGUGA